AUGAAUCGGGCUCCGCGGCCUCUCGGCGGCUGCUCGCAGCUCCUUCCUCCGCGUCUGGCGCCGGCGCCUCCCGCCCGCCCGCUGGCUCACUCACUCGCUCUUCCCUCCGCCCCGCGACCCGAACCCCGACCCCUGACCCCGGCGGCGGGAAACGCGCCGCUAUUCAAAACCGGCGCAGCUUUAUUGGGCUCGGGCGGCGGACACUCGCAUUGUCCGGCCCGCCCCGCGCUUCCCGCCAAAACGCCCGCGGCGCAUGCCCGGCCAGCCAGGCAGGAUGGGAUGGGGGACGCGGGAGGAGCACGCAGUCCCGGCGGCCCUCUCGCGCACUUCCGCCCCGCGGCCGCGCGCGCGCCCCUGGAGCUAGAGGUCUGGGCUGGGGGAGGGGUGCUCGAACGGCGCGUGGUGAUGACGUCGCCGGAAGCGGGGACGAUAGAGACGCGCCUCCUGCGCUGUGCACGCCGGCGGCCGGGCGGUAGGGCGGCAGGCCUAGGUAGCAGGCGGGUGCGGGCGCCUGGCGGGCGGGCGGCGCAGCGCGUGGCCGAGGCCCGGCCCCGAGGACCGGGGGUUCGAGUCCCGGGCCCCUCCCAGGCCACUGCCGGACGGUGUGCGCUCCAGGCCCCAGGCGAGGCGACGGACGCUGCGGACGAUGGGGGACGAGUUGGACGGCGAAGUACGUUGCGGGGGAGCUGGCCGGGCUGGGGGCCGCGACCGCGAUGGGCUCCGGGCGCGCGGACCGCUACCAGCUCCGCGCCUGCUGUUUGCACGCAGGGCCAGGCGCACGUCGGGGAUCCCGGCCAGGACGGCGUCGCGGCACCGGGCCCGCGGCGGGAGGAGGAGCAGGCAGCAGCGGCCGGGCCAUCGGAGCCGGGGCCCUACGGAUACAUCCGGGCCGGCCUGUUCACCUCGGAGGUCUUCAAGCUGGAGCUGCAGAACGUGCCGCGCCACGCCAGCUUCAGCGACGUGCGGCGCUUCCUGGGCCGCUUCGGGCUGCAGCCCCACAAGACGAAGCUCUUCGGGCAGCCGCCCUGCGCCUUCGUGACUUUCCGCAGCGCCGCCGAGCGCGACAAGGCCCUGUGCGUGCUGCACGGGGCGCUUUGGAAGGGCCGCCCGCUCAGCGCGCGCCUGGCCAAGCCCAAGGCUGACCCCUUGGCCAGGAAGAGGCGGCAAGAGGACCGGGGGGAGCUCUCCGCCGGCCCGGCCGCGUGCGUCGCCGACGUGGUGACCCCUCUCUGGGCCGUUCCCUACGAGGAGCAGCUGGAGCGGAAGCGGCAGGAAUGUGAGCAAGUGCUGCAGAAGUUGGCCAGGGAGAUCGGGAGCACCAACCGCGCCCUGCUGCCCUGGCUGCUCUCACAGAGGCACAAGCACAACAAGGCCUGCUGCCCGCUGGAGGGCGUCCGGCCCUCCCCCCAGCAGACCGAGUAUCGGAACAAAUGCGAGUUCCUGGUUGGUGUCGGCGUGGACGGGGAGGACAACACAGUGGGCUGCCGGCUCAGCAAGUACAAGAGCGGGACGUGUGCCGUGGCAGCCCCCUUCAACACCGUGCAUAUCCCUGGGGCCACCAAGCAGGUGGUGAAGGCGUUCCAGGAGUUCAUCCGGUCCACUCCCUACUCAGCAUACGACCCGGAGACAUACUCAGGUCACUGGAAGCAGCUGACCGUGCGUACCAGCCGCCGCGGCCAAGCCAUGGCCAUUGCCUACUUCCACCCACAGAACCUGAGCCCGGAGGAGCUGGCGGGGCUGAAGGCAUCUCUGGCGCAGUACUUCAUGGAGGGACCGGGCAAGGCCAGUGGGGUGACCUGCCUCUACUUCGUGGAGGAAGGACAGCGAAAGACCCCCAGCCAGGAGGGCCUGCCUCUGGAGCACGUGGCCGGGGACCGGUGCAUCCGUGAGGACGUGCUUGGGCUGACCUUCCGCAUCUCCCCCCACGCCUUCUUCCAGGUGAACACCGCUGCGGCUGAGGUGCUCUACACGCUCAUCCAGGACUGGGCCCAGCUGGAUGCGGGCAGCACGGUGCUGGAUGUGUGCUGUGGCACAGGCACCAUCGGCCUGGCCCUGGCCCGGAAGGUAAAGAGAGUCGUGGGGGUCGAGCUGUCCCAGGAGGCUGUGGAGGAUGCACGGGUGAACGCCCUGGACAACGAGCUGAGCAACGUGGAGUUCCACUGUGGCAGGGCCGAGGAGCUGGUGCCCACCCUGGUGAGCAGGCUGGCCUCCCAGCAGCUUGUGGCCGUCCUGGACCCGCCCCGUGCCGGCCUGCACUCCAGGGUGGUCCUGGCUGUGCGCCGCGCAGAGAACCUGCGGAGGCUGCUCUACGUGUCCUGCAACCCGCGGGCAGCCAUGGGCAACUUCGUGGAUCUCUGCAGGGCCCCGUCCAACCGCGUCAAGGGCACUCCCUUCCGGCCGGUCAAAGCUGUGGCCGUGGACCUGUUCCCUCAGACCCCACACUGUGAGAUGCUCAUUCUCUUUGAGAGGGUGGAGCAUCCCAAUGGUGCGGGGGCCCUGGAGCCCCACAAGUCUGUGGUCCAGACCCCACCAGCACCCCCAGGUGACACCUCGCCGGAAGCCAAGGCCUCCCCAACUUCUUAGGGGCUGCAAAAACCAACCCUUCUGCAACAAUACCUGGACAGCCACAGGCAGAGCCUGGGGUCCUCAAGGCCUGCCCAGGAUGGCCAGGCAGCCACAGAGGCCACCAAGCCUGUCCCUCACCCCCAAAUGGGCCACAAGGACUGGAAUAAACAAGUGCUGAACCGCCA